GGGGCCGCCUGCCCCCUGGGGGACCUCUCUCUCAGAUGGGGCUCCCCUGGGGCUGCGGCCACCCCAGCCUCACCGGACAUGCCAGGGGACUCCUGACUUCCCUCCUCACUCUGCUCCUCCUCCGGCUGGGCUCAGCCCAGCUCAGAGUGGAGGGACCAGGCCAGCCUGUCACUGCCACCGUGGGGCAGGAUGUCGUGCUGCCCUGCCACUUGUCCCCUCAACAUGAUGCUCGCAGCUUGGAGGUCAGGUGGAUCCGGGAUGAGUUCUCUGAGACAGUGCACCACUACCGCAAUGGAGAGGACCUGUACGGGGAGCAGAUGGAGGCAUAUGCUGGGAGGACAGAGCUGGCCAGGGAUGGUCUCUCUGCUGGAAACCUGGACUUGCGAAUUACAGGGUUGAGACUUUAUGAUGACGGCCGGUACAUCUGCAUCGUGAAAAAUGCUGAUUCUUAUGAUGAAGCAACAGUGGAUCUGGAGGUGUCAGCUACAGGCGCUGACCCCCACCUCUACCUCGGGGGUUACGAGGCCGGAGGCGUCCGGGUGCUGUGUCAAUCAGCCGGCUGGUACCCGCUGCCGCAGCUGCUGUGGAGGGGUGCUCACGGGCAGCACCUGCCCUCGGUCUCCCAGAAACAUUCCAAGGACCAAGAGGGGCUCUUUGAAAUUGAAGGUGCCAUCAUCGUGACCGGGAGCAUGGAGGGGCCCUUGUCCUGUGUGGUCAGGAACAGCCGCAUCCAGCAGGAGAGGAAAUUUUCCCUGCACAUCGCAGCUCCCUUCUUCCACAACGCCCAGCCCUGGAUGGUGGCUCUGGCUCUGGUCCUCGUGCUUUUGGCUGUGUUCAUUGGCCUCGGUGUUUAUCUCUUUCGAAAGCAAGAGAAACAAGCUGCAGAGCUGGUGAAGGUGACCCUGGAUCCAAGCACGGCUCAUUCCUAUCUCAUCGUGUCAGAGGACCAAAGGAGUGUGAGAUGGGAAAGUAACUGGCAGCAGUUACCUUAUAGCAAGGGGACAUUUGACAAUUGGUGCAGCGUUCUAGGACGUGAGGAGUUCAGAGAGGGGAGGCACUGCUGGCAGGUGGAUGGGGAAGAGGGAACGCAUUCUUUGUGGACUGUGGGGGUGGCCAAGGCAUCUGUGGAGAGGAAGGGGUGGUUCAACAUGACUCCUGAAGAAGGAAUCUGGGCUUUGCAGUAUGAUAAAGGGAAGAUCUUAUCUCUCACAUCUCCUCCCACCCCCUUGUCCCUGUCUCCUGUCCCCACAAGGAUCUGGGUCUGUCUCGACUGUACCCAGGGGCAGGUGUCUUUUAUCAACGCUGACAAUGGAGUCAAGAUUUACACUUUCAAAGAAGCCUCCUUCAAUGGGGAGAGCAUCCGUCCCUGGUUCUGGCUAGGGACGCCAGGAAUUCAGCUGUGCCUGAGGGACAACACCCCCCAGACCCUCUCCCCAGCCUUGGGGGGCUCCUGCCCUUCUCCAGACACUCCUGCAUCACCUCUCCUUGAUCCUGCAGGAGCAGCACAGGAAUGAGGGGCAGUGGGGCCAGAGUCACUCCUUUAUUCCUCCCUGCUGCUGGAGGAGGGCUGGGAUGGUGCAAGCAGGAGCCAGGCUCCUUGAAGCCCCUGGACUCUGCCCUGCCUGUGACUCCUGUGCUGGGGCACAAGCCCUGAUGGCACCCACAGGUCUCAGUCUCCCUCUGAGCCCCAGUGGGCAGCACGGUCCUCUUCCCUCUGCUUGCACUGCUUGCACUGCUUGCAUACUCCAGGGCAAGGGAUGUGGUCACCAUGUACUUCUGGCCAUUGCAGGCCACCUUUCCCUCCUAGGUUGGGGUUGAUCUUUGCUCUGUGCCUGGUGCUGAGUAUGAGCAGCCUGUGGGGAUUCUUUGUUCCCUCCUGUGGAGCACAUGAAGGCCCAGCAGCAGCAGGACUGUGGCAAAUAAAGUUUUGUACAGGAAAAUGGAGUCUGGCA